AUGGAAUGCAAUAAGGAUGAAGCUAGAAGGGCAAUGGAUAUUGCAGAGAAGAAACUUUCAGAGAAGGAUUACGUCGGUGCGAAGAAAUUCGUUGACAAGGCUCAGAAUUUGUAUCCAAAACUCGACACUUUGGAGCAAGUGUUGAUGAUGAUCAAUGUUUAUAUGAUUGCAUCAAACAAGAACAAUGGAGGUGGAGAAUCAGAUUGGUAUGGAGUUCUCGGUGUUGAUCCUAUAGCUGAUGAUGAAGCAGUGAAGAAACAGUACAAGAAGUUAGCUCUUUUGCUUCAUCCAGACAAGAACAAGUAUAAAGGCGCAGAAGGCGCGUUUAAGCUGAAACCACCAAACUCGCAUAAACCGGCUUCUACUAGUGCGAAUCAGAAUGAAGGUGGGAAUUCGAAUGGCGGGGCUAAAGGUAAUAACCCUGCUGGUGGGACGCAGAAACCACAAAACCCGCCAAAAACGGCUUCUUCUAAUGGGAAUCAGAAUGCGGGUGGGAAUCCGAGUGCCGGGUCUAGAAGUAAUAGGCCUGCGCCGGGACCUGCAGCUAUCAGUGGAGUUCCCAACGGAGUGAUUCUUCAUGUAGCUUUAGUUUCCACUUUAGCUAUUCAUCUUCAAGUUCUAAUAGCGGAAAUGCCCCAAUUCAAACACAAGAAAGACCGAAAAGAGGUCCUGAGGAGAUGGUAG